UAUAGAAAACCUUUUCAUAUGUAGUAUGUCUGAUCUGCAUUGUCAAUGAUGUCUUCUCCAUCACACUUCAGACACACAUUCCAGCAACACUGCUCUCUGCUCAAGCUGAAAGGUUACUAAUAAAGUUUUUCAAACCACGUGAUUACAAAUGCCAUGGCUGCGUCCUCGUGUCAUAUGUGAGUCCAAUCAAGUUGUGUGAUUUAUCCUUAUCGGAGGAAAUUCCUGUGAACAGUCAAAGAAAAUGAAGCCCAACAGGAGCCAGAUGAAAAAUAUGCGCCCUUUCUCUCGGCCGAAGUCAGCCAAACGGGGGAUCCAUGUGAAGGGCAGCUGGAAAGCAGUAGAACUGGACCCCAGUCUCUUCUCAGAAGAGGGCAUGGGGGGACUAGUCUGUUUUGAGGAGCUGACAGACUACCGCCUGAUAGACUCUGCCAAGGAAGAAGCUAAAGCAGAAGCUAAAGCAGAAAAAGAUAAAAAGAAGAGAGAAGAAAGAAAAGAAAAGAAAAAAGCUAAGAAAAGAAAGGCUAGUGAGGGAGAUAAGGAUGGAGGGAAACAGGAGGAGGUAUGUGAGGGAGGUAGUGACAAAAAUGAAACGUCUGAAAAACCAGCUAGGAAGAAGAAUAAAAAGAAAACAGCCCAACAAAAUGAUCCAACCACACAGGAUGACACUUCUGUGGACAGUAAAGUGAAAAGUGAGGAGGUGAGGGACGAAGUCCAAAACCUUGAAAAUGGUUCAGAGAACGUUGUGGUCAAGGAGGAAAAGGAAAAAGGCCCUGAAGAAACUGUCUCCCAAGAUGCUGUUACGUGUCCUGAGGAUGCUCAGCCACAAUCAAACAAUACAAUGACUGAUGGCAAAAAUAAGAAAAAGAGGAAAAAGAAAAGAAAGGUAGAAAAGCACACAGUCCCAGAGUCACAGCUAGCGCAGGAGUCACAGACAGACUUACCCCCUCAAGGCAAAAUGUCUAAACUCUCCAAAAAGAAAGCAAAGAAUUGGACCAAUGCGGCGCGCUCUGGUUCUGACCAAAACUCAGAUGUGACAGCGUGGAAGGAUCUGUUUGUCCCUGACCAAGUGUUGAAGGCACUGAGCAGUCUAGGGUUCGGAUCACCCACGGCCAUUCAAGCUCUGGCAUUGCCACCUGCUAUCAGAGACCAUAUGGACAUUGUUGGGGCCGCCGAGACGGGAAGUGGGAAGACGCUGUCUUUCGGCAUCCCCAUGAUCCAUCAUAUCCUGGAGUGGAAGAAGGGAGUAGAUGAAUGUGAGGGGGUGACUGAUGGCCAGACUGAGCCAGGAACACAGGUGGAAAGCUUGUACCUGCCGACUGUGGAAGAAUCUGUAGAGACAAGUAUUUCCAUGGACACCAGCAACGAGGUCACUGAGCCAGCUCCAAAGACCAGGGCUGUGUCUAAAGAGGCCUGCACUGAGGAAACCACAGAGCAGGAAGAUCCACAAGAGCAGGGGAGUGAAGAUGUAGCAGAGGAAGACAAUGCUGCUGAUGACAAAGAAAUCAUUGAGGAGGGUGACGAAAAAACAAUUGAGGAGGAGGAGGAUGAUGAAGAAAUAUAUCAGGAGGACGAGGAUGAGAGUGACUCUGAAAAGAUGGGGUGCGUCAAAGUCAUUGAGAAUAUGGAGUUUGACUUUGACAACACAGCAGAAGAAGAUGAUACUCUGAAAGUCAGUGAGAAACAGCCAUUGUUAGGGUUGGUUCUGUGCCCUACCAGGGAGCUGGCUGUACAGGUGAAACAUCACAUUGAUGCUGUGGCCAAGUUUACUGAUAUAAAAACAGCGAUUGUGGUCGGCGGAAUGGCUCAGCAGAAACAGAUCAGGAUGCUGAAACGGAGACCUGAGAUCAUCAUUGCUACUCCAGGACGCCUGUGGGAGAUGAUCAAAGAGAGGCAUCCACAUCUGGUCAACCUAAGGCAGCUAAGGUGUCUAGUCAUUGACGAAGCAGACCGCAUGGUGGAAAGAGGCCAUUUUGCUGAGCUGGAAAGUCUGCUGGAGAUGCUGAACACUGUCCAGUUCAACCCAAAGAGGCAGACAUUUGUGUUCUCCGCCACCCUGACCAUGGCCCACAGCUUGCCCACCCGUGUCCUGCAGAAGAAGGGCAAGAAGGUGGACCAGCGAAGCAAGCUGGAGGUCCUUAUGGAGAAAGUUGGGAUCAGGUCCAAGCCUAAAGUCAUUGAUCUGACCCGGAAGGAGGCUACAGUCGAGACCCUGACUGAGACACGGAUACACUGUGAAAAGGAAGAGAAGGAUUUCUUCCUUUACUACUUCCUGCUCCAGUAUCCAGGCCGGACUAUGGUGUUUGCCAACAGUAUUGACUGCAUCAAGCGGCUUAACUCUCUGCUGGUCAUCCUGGACCGUACUCCACUGCCACUGCAUGCCAACAUGCACCAGAAGCAGCGCCUAAAGAACCUUGAGAGGUUCGCUGAGAGGGAGAGCUGUGUGCUCCUGACAACUGAUGUGGCUGCAAGAGGGCUGGACAUUCCAAAUGUUCAACAUGUCAUUCAUUACCAGGUUCCAAGGACAUCAGAGACUUAUGUCCACCGCAGUGGUAGGACAGCACGAGCCACCAAAGAGGGGCUCAGUUUGCUCUUGGUUGGGCCAGAUGACAUGAUGAACUUCAAGAAAAUUUACAGAGCUCUGGGAAAGGAUGAGGAGGUUCCCAUGUUUCCCAUACAGAGCAAGUGCAUGGCUGCCAUCAAGGAGCGAGUCAACAUGGCCAGGAAGAUAGAGAAGAUUGAGUUCCACAACAGCAGAGAGAAGCAGCACAACUCUUGGUUUAAGCAAGCAGCAGAAGCUCUGGAGGUGGAUCUUGAUGAUGAUGUUUUGCUUGGGGGGAGGAAGGACGAGGAGGACGACAGGCAGCAACAGAAGAUGGUGAAGGGCAUGAAGAAGCACCUGAAACACCUGAUUUCUCAGCCUGUAUUUAAGAAUGUGAUGAAGACCAAGUACCCCACACAGAUGGGUAAGCUCUCCCUGCCCAACAUGCCCCUACAUGGUUUGGAAACGGCCUUGACCAGUGUCUCCAAUCAGAAGAAAAGACAGAAACAAAAGAAAAAGCAGCAGUCGAGUUAAUGUGUAGUCUCAAUUAGAAUGUCUUUUCAUAAAUGGAAAUACAGUGCAAUUAUUGUAACAUUUUCACAUAAAAUGAUUUUAAGAGAUAUCAGUCUUGUUUUUAUUUUUUUGCAACAUUCAAGAAAGUGGAGAGGAGUUAACCGCAUUUGUAACCGCAACCGUAUUCAGACCCCUUGACUUUCUCCACAUUUUGUUACGUUACAGCCUUAUUCUAAAAUUAAUCAAAUUGGUUUUUUUCCCUGUCAAUCUACAGACAAUGCCUCAGUGAUAAAGCAGAAACAGGUUUUUAGAAAUGUUUGCAAAUGUAUUAAAAAAACGUAUCCCAUUAACAUUAGUAUUCAGACCCUUUACUCUGUACUUUGUUGAAGCACCUUUGUCACCGAUUACAGAAUCUAGUCUUUUGGGGUAUGAUGCUACAAGCUUGGCACACCUGUAUUUGAGGAGUUUCUUGCAUUCUUUUCUGCAGAUCCCCUCAAGCUCUGUCAGUUUGGAUAAGGAGCGUUGCUGCACAGCUAUUUUCAGGUCUCCAGAGAUAUUUGAUGGUGUUAAAGUCCGGUCUUUGUCUGGGCCACUCAAGGACAUUCAGACACUUGUCCUGAAGCCACUCCUGCAUUGUCUUGGCUGUGUGCUGAGGGUAGUUGUCCUUCUCCCAGGUCAGGCCCUGAGCGCUCUGGAGCAGGUUUUCAUCAAAGAUUUCUGUACUUUGCUCUAUUAAUCUUUCCCUCAACCCUGACUGGUCUCCCAGUCUCUGCCGCUGAAAAACAUCCCCACAGCAUGUUGCUGCCACCACCAUGCUUCACGGUAGGGAUGAUGCCAGGUUUCCACCAGACGUGAUGCUUGGCUUUCAGGCCAAAGAGUUCAAUCUUGGUUUCAUCAGACCAGAGAAUCUUGUUUCUCAUGGUCAGUCCUUUAGGUGCCUUUCGGCAAACUCCAAGCGGGCUGUCGUGCCUUUUACUGAGCAGUGGCACCUGUUUGGCCACUACCAUAAAGGCUUGAUUUGGUUGCCGAGAUGGUUGUCCUUCUGGAAGGUUCUCCCAUUCUCUCCAUCCACAGAGGAACUCAGGAGCUCUGUCAAAGUGACCAUCGGGUUCCUGGUCACCUCCUUGACCAAGACCCUUUUCCCCCGAUUGCUCAGUUUGGCUGGGCGGCCAGCUCUAGGAAGUCUUGGUGGUUCCAAACGUCUUCUAUUUAAGAAUGAUGGAGGCCACUGUGUUCUUGGGGACCUUCAAUGCUGCAGACAUUUUUUUUGGUACCCUUCCCCAGAUCUGUGCCUCGACACAAUCCUGUUUUGACGCUCUACGCACAAUUUCUAUGACCUCGUGGCUUGGUUUUGUUCUCUGCCAUGCACUGUCAAAUGUGGGACCUUCUAUAGACAGGUGUGUGCCUUUCCAAAUCAUGUCCAAUCAAUUGAAUUUAUGACCGGUGAACUCCAAGUUGUAGAAACAUCUCAAGGAUGAUCAAUUGAAACAGGAUGCACCUGAGUUUAAAUUAGUUUCGUUGCAAAGUGUCUGAAUACUUAUUUACAUAAGGUAAUUUUAUUUUUAUAUAUUUGCAAAAAUGUCAACCUGUUUCACUGUGUCAUUAUGGGGUACUGUAUGUAGAUAAAUUAUUGAAUCAAUUGUAGAAUAAGCAAUGUAACAAAGUGGAAAAAGUCAAGGGGUCUGAAUACUUUCCGAAUGCACGAUAUUACAGAACAAUGCUACAAACUUUUACAAAUAUUUUUUUAAACUCUUAAUAAAUUAUUAACACUAAACUUCAUGUAAACCUGAGAUAUGUGGAGUCCUUUAUCAGGCCCCUCAAUGGCAAUGAUGUGGGUAGAGAAUGUCGUAGUGGGCUGUUUUAUAGAGGAGGUGUAGGGAGGGCUGGGUUCCCUCUGGAAUGGUGUGGUGGGCCAGACGCUGUCCGUCUCCCCCUCAAUGGAAGCAAUGUGGAUGCUAAGGCCUCUGACAGAGCCAGGAUAUCUAUGUGGUCACACUCCAUUGCCAUGGUUUCCACUUCCUGGAUAAGUCAAUAAUGGACAUUAUGUAAGUAUCUAUCCAUGCAGAAACAUGAUGUAUGGUCAAUACAAAUGAUGAUGGGUUUGAUCACAAAUUACAGUUAGCAAAAAAGUAAUGUCAGUGAGUGGUCCCUGGCUCCAGAGUGGCACAGCGGUCUAAGGCACUGCAUCUGUGCUAGAGGCGUCACUACAGACCCUGGUUUGAUUCCAGGCUGUAUCACAACCGACUGUGAUUGGGAGUCUCAUAGGGUGGCGCACAAUUGGCCCAGCAUCGUCCGAGUUAGAGUUUGGCUGGGGUAGGCCGUCAUUGUAAAUAAGCAUUUGUUCUUAACUGACUUGCCUACUUAAAUACCCCAUUUACUUUCAUUUAUUGCACCAACACUAGAGAGCAGCAAAACACUUUCAGAAACUAGUUUUGAGUGGCGAGAAACUCCUUGGGACAAGGUAGAAUUAUCUACGGAGAAAAUCAGCAGCACCAGGCAUACUUCCAUAGCAUAUUAACGAAACAGGAGACGAUAGCAAUAUGGUAUUGAGCGCAACUCAUACUUACCUGAGUGCAGUAAACCUUGAGACUGGGUGCCUCCACAAAGUGACUGAAGAAGUAGGUAUUGCGCCAUACUGUCAAAGGCAGUUUGCUCAUUAGAGCUGGAGCAAUGUGUAUUAAGUAUUUGAUACAUCAGAAAAGCAGAACUUAUGUCAUGCAAUAAAAUGCAAAUUACUUAAAUCAUACAAUGUGAUUUUUGGUUUUAGAUUCCGUCUCUCACAGUUGAAGUGUACCUAUGAUAAAAAUUACAGACAUCUACAUGCGUUGUAAGUAGGAAACACUGCUGAUUUUGUAGGUUAUCAUACUUGUUCCCCCCACUGUAUAUAUUUGUUUACAUUUCUGUUAUUUUACCAGGUAAGUUGACUGAGAACACAUUCUCAGCAACGACCUGGGGAGUAGUCACAGGGGAGAUGAAUGAGCCAAUUGUAAACUGGGGAUUAUUAGGUGACGGUUUGAGGGCCAGAUUGGUAAUUUAGCCAGGACACCAGGGUUAACCCCCCUACGAUACGUGCCAUAGGCUCUUUAAUGACCUCAGAAAGUCAGGACACCCUUUAACGUCCCAUCCAAAAGAAGGCAUCCUACACAUGGCAGUGUCCUGGGGCAUUGGGAUUUUUUUUUUAGACCAGAGGAAAUAGUGCCUCCUUACUGGCCCUCCAACACCACUUCCAGCAGCAUCUGGUCUCCCAUCCAGGGACUGACCAGGACCAACCCUGCUUAGCUUCAGAAGCAAGCCAGCAGUGGUAUGCAGGGUGGUAUGCUACAUAACUACAUAUUCUUAUUAAUUCCUUUAGACUUGCGUGUAUAAGGUAGUUCUUGUGAAAUUGUUCGAUUUACUUGUUAGUUAUUACUGCAUGGUCGGAACUAGAAGCACAAGCAUUGCUACACUCGCAUUAACAUCUGCUAACCAUGUGUAUGUGAACAAUAAAACUUGAUUUGAUUUUUAA